CUAUUUCCAGCUCACGUCACAGUCUUUUGUUCAUCCUCUCUCUCUCUCUCUCUCUCUCUCUCUCUCUCUCUCUAAUUCACUGUAUUCUUCUUCUCUCUCCUUCUGAAAUCCUCACAUUCUUGAUAUUUUUACCGGAAAUUCCAAUAAAAAUUCCUCACAUUUCAGUGAACCAGGCUAUGAAAUAAGCAGUCUCGCCGCAAUGCACGACGUCAAAUCCGAGCGCCGCCGCUACUGGUGCUGCUCCUUCACCACCCCUCCCCUCAGCCCCGAGACUCCGGGGCUCUCGCGCUCACGCUCUCUCUCUUCCUCGUGCGGUAAAAAGACGCAAUUGCCCUUCUCCAACUCUCCCCAGACGCAGAAGACCCCCUUCGCCCGUCGGAUCCUCUCUCCGGGUCGGGUCUCUCCCAUCUCCGAGUUUCUCGUUGUUUCCCAAACCACUCCUAAAAACCACCAAAUCCCUAAAUCGCCUUUGCCUUUGCCUUUGCCUUUGCCGUUGCCCCCGCCGCCCCUGCCCCCUUCCGACAGCGAGGGGAAUUUGGGGAUUUAUGAUACUAGGUUGAAUCUGAAGGGGAGGAAUGGGGGAUCGCUGGUGCUCGAGCUGAGUUCGGAGGUUUUGGCGGCGAAUAGCGCCGUUUUCGCCGAAUUGAUCGCGGAUUAUCGCAAGAACGUGAGCGGUUUGUGUAGGGUUGAGGUGCCGGAUGUCGAGAAUCUGAGCGUGUUUCGUGAGACGAUUGAGCUCAUGUUUGAGGAGGAUAUUCAGAAGAAGCUCGUCAAGAUUGGGGUUUUUCGAGCUAUCGACAUACUCGAGGCAUCAGUAGGCGUCAAGUUUAGCAGGUGUAUCUCUGCGUGUUUACAAUACUUGGAGGCGGUGCCAUGGACUGAAGAAGAAGAGGAGAAGAUGAGGGAGCUAUUCAAUGGACUAAAAAUAGACGAUCCCAAAACCAAAGACAUCCGAGACAGAUUCUGUAGCCCCAGUGAUCCCGUUGAUUCUCAUCCAGCAUUGACCAAGCAGCUUAUCUUGUCCAUUACCACCUGCAUAGACGCCACUGCUGGGAAUGGACUCAAAUCUUUGGUUAAAGGUCUGUUAUCCAAAAGUUCCGUCUAUGAAAAGGAUUCCCCGGAUGUUAAUAAGGAGGACAUGUAUGCAGUUUGUGAGUCCUGUCUGAAAUCACUUAACAGUCUGCUUGAGGAGACCUCAGAUAGCAAUGCAGAUCAGAAGUUGGCAAAAAAGGAGAAAGAAAAGCCUCUGUUAGAGCGCGUCUCAAAACAGGUGGACAACAUAAAUUGGCUUGUGGAUAUCCUGCUCGAUCACCAGCUGGCGGAGGAGUUUGUCCGUUUGUGGGGAAAUCAAGAAGGGCUGCUAAAAUUGCACAAGAAUGCAUCUCCGAUGGUCAAGUAUGAGCUGAGCCGUGUCUCAGCAGUGCUGUUCAUUGCAAUCGGGACUAGUAGGAUCCACUGCCCAACGGAGACGAGGCUGAGGCUUCUACAAGCGUGGUUUAGACCAAUGCUAUCUGAUUUUGGCUGGUUGCGGAGGAGCAAAAAGGGACUGGACAUGAAGGCAUUGGAGGAGGCGAUGGGCCAAGCGCUGCUCACACUUCCACUGAAAGAGCAGUAUUCAUUGUUUAUGGAAUGGUUCCAUUGCUUCUCCAAGCAUGGCAACGAAUGCCCUAACCUCAGUAAAGCGUUCCAAAUAUGGUGGCGAAGAUCGCUCCUCAAGGGCUCCGAAAGCAUGGCCGUUGAAUCUAGGUGAAAUGAUGCUGCUACCAGUUCUCAUGUAGGGAGAUUUCACCUAUUAUUUUGAGGUUGAUAUCAUAGGAAGUCCAAUAAUAUUGUAAGUAGAUUUUUAGUAUGUAAACUGUGUUGGCACUUUGUGGUGAUGGAAUAUUACUAGAUGCUUUCUUUAUUUUUAGACUGCUGUAUCCAUUUCUAAAUUUGAUCAGACCCUAUUACAGUAUUA